AUGGUCAAGAUGAGAGGAAUCCUGAUCUUGGGGCUUUUGUUGGCCACUCCCAGCUGCCUUGGCUUCUAUGAGGACUUGGCUAAGUGUUUCGAGGACCCUGAAUACGAGUCUAUCCUUGUCACAGCCCAGGAGGGCCUCCACACCUCCCCGGUGCCCAAGCGCAUAGUGGUGGUGGGAGCUGGCAUGUCAGGGCUGACGGCGGCCAAGGCCCUGCAAGAUGCGGGCCAUCAGGUAACCAUCCUGGAAGCCAGCGACUACGUCGGGGGUCGAGUGAUGACAUUCAGGAAUGAGAAGGAGGGCUGGUACUAUGAACUGGGGCCCAUGCGAAUCCCGAAGUCCCACAGGUUGGUCCACACCUAUGUCAGGAAGCUGGGCCUGAAGCUAAACAAGUUCCUCCAGUAUGAUGACAACACCUGGUACUUCAUCAACAGAAAACGCUACCGCGCCAGGGAGAUUAAGGCCAACCCAGAGCUUCUAGGCUAUUCCAUGAACCCAAGAGAAAAGGGCAAGAAUGCUAUAAAUCUCUCCUACCAGUCCCUUGGCAAGCUCAAAAGCCUGAAAGAAUUAAACUGCAGCCACUUGACGUCCUUUUACGAUUCUUACUCCACCAAGCAGGCUUACCUGCUGAAGGAAGGGAUGCUGAGCCAAGGAGGAGUAAAGGUGAUCAGGGAUGUGAUGAAUGAGGAUGCUGGAUACUACAAGUCCCUUCUGGAGUCCCUUCAGAUGGACAUGAUCUUCACAAGUAAUGACUUUUCCGAGAUCACCGGUGGCUUUGACCAGCUUCCCAAAGCCCUUAACGCCAGCCUGAAGCCUGGCACCGUCCGUCUGGGCUCCAAGGUGGAGAAGGUAGUGAGAGAUGGGCCUGAGGUUCGGAUUUCCUACCGGACGGGUGAAACCAACUCCACCCUGCGCACCCUCACCGCAGACUUUGUCAUCAUCUCCGCCUCAGCCAAGGCGACGCGUCUCAUCACCUUUGAGCCCCUGCUCUCCCAAGACAAGAUGGACGCGCUCCGCUCAGUGCGUUAUACCAGCGCCACCAAGGUGGUUCUGGCGUGCAACGAGUCCUUCUGGGAGCGGGACGGCAUCCAGGGCGGGGUCUCCAUCACAGACCUGCCCUCCCGCUACAUCUACUACCCCAGCCACCGCCUGCCCAGCAGCAAGGGCGUCCUGCUGGCCUCCUACACCGUGGACAAAGACUCCCUCUUCUUCGCAUCCAUGCAGCAGGACCAGGUGGUGGAUAUCGUCCUGAGGGACCUGGCGGCGGUGCACCAGAUUCCCAAGCAGGAUCUGCAACGCAUGUGCCCCUCUUCUGUGCUCAAGCGCUGGUCUCUGGACCCCCUCUUCAUGGGCGCCUUCACCGAGUUCACACCCUAUCAGUUUGUGGACUAUUCGCAGCAACUUUUCCAGCCAGAGGGCCGCAUCCACUUUGCUGGCGAGCACACCUGCCUGCCCCACGCCUGGAUAGACACAGCCAUCAAGUCCGGCCUCCAGGUAGCCAAGAACAUCCAGGCUGCCGUGGACAAAGAGAUCACCGAGAGAUAG